CGGUAAUACCAUCACCAAUAUUGUUGUUUUAUUUCUGGCCAAGAAAAAGAGUAAUUCGCAAAGAAUCACCAGAUAAAACCAAAACCCUUUUGACCACGUUAAGCAUUGCGGUCAAGAAUAGCCCCUGUUCAAAAAGGAGUAUCAGCCCGAAUGUCCUGACAUAAACCUUCAGAAGUGACGCCCGUUGUUAUCUGCUCGCGUCACGGCCCUGUCUGGGGGUCGAAAUUCCAGAAAAAGCAAGUGGAAAGUGCAAUUAAAUGUCAGUGGCAAAUGAUCGGAUAUUGCAGUCGGUGGUUUCCUGGUUCAUAAGGAUCUAGGCUGGCAUGAUCUCUCCAGAGCAACAAGAGGUCAAUCUGGUGCUGGAUCGCCAGGUGCGCCAGAAUAUCCAUGAUAUGAUGCAUGAGGCUCAUGUUCAGGCUAGGCUCUUAGAGAGCGAGGGACGUGAACGCUUUCACUCUGAUUCCAGUGGAGAUUCGCUACAUGCCGAGGAUACGAUGGCCGUGAUGGAGGCACUUUCGGGAGACGGGAUCGUUGAGGAGGAUCUUAGCUCCGAACGAGCUCAUGCUGUGGACUCAAACGAAAUUCAGAAUUACCAUGACAUGAUGGUGGACAACGAUCACCACAUCGAUAUCAAUGGGUCGCUGCGCAAACGGCGUGGCAACCUGCCCAAGCAUUCUGUUAAGAUCCUUAAACGCUGGCUCUAUGAGCACCGCUACAACGCGUACCCUAGUGAUGCCGAAAAGUUUACACUGUCGCAGGAGGCGAAUCUAACCGUGUUGCAGGUUUGCAACUGGUUCAUCAACGCACGUCGUCGCAUACUGCCAGAGAUGAUCCGACGCGAAGGUAAUGACCCCCUCCACUUUACCAUCUCGCGACGUGGCAAGAAGAUCAGCCCGGGCUCAUCUGGAUCUGGGUCCAUGGGUAUGAAUGCUGGCAGUACCCCGAAUCCUAUUACUGGAAGUCCGGCUUCCGAAGUGGUUGUUGGAGCUACCGAAGAGGUGGAUGGCGCCGGGGAGAUCCACGAGGGCAUAGCCAACGUUCUCACUAAUUUCGACCAAUAUGUUCAAGGCCCCAACGGACAGAUAGUCAAGAUGGAGCCCGAGUACGAUGAUAGCGUCAUCUACAGUUGGCAGCAGGCCAUUGCAAACAAUCCGAUGGGUUUCCAAAGUCUCCACUCCUCGCUACAAGCAACCAUGAUCGAUAAGAUCCAAAACUAUCAAAUGCGCAAGGCAGCUGCCUUGAAGAGCUCCGGAUCCAGCACCAGUAGUGACGGCAGCUCAAAAUCAAGCUCCCCUGGGUCUAUAUUACCGUACAGUCUCUUUGGUAAGCUACCACCCGAGUUCGAUGACGACAAGAAGCCCCCUCCGCCCAAGCGGGGUCGCAAGCGUCAGUCCGCCGGCAAGAGUGCUGGAGGGAAGACUAAGCAGCCAAAACGGGAAAAAGUGAUUAAACAAGAGGUCAAUCUGAGCGAUGCGGCCGUGUACUGUUAUGAGGACGAAUACGGAGGCUACGUGGUCGCUCCUAGAUCCGAGGGCGAGGAGAGCGGCCAAGGGUACGAGUCCUGUGAACACCACAGCGAAGAGGAAGUGCGCUUCGAAACCUCCGACGACUGGCAAAGCGUAAUGAAGACCGUUUUCAGUACCGAAGAGGUCGCUACUACUGGUGGAGAGAAUGUAAGUACUGCGGCUAAAAAGCGAUCAGCUAAUAACACCUCUUUUUGGAAUACCAAUCAGCCGGCUGUGGCAAAGCGCAGUGGCAACCAACAGGUAAUGGUUUCCAAUAAUGAGCUGAAUCAGGUGGAGGAAACAGUUGUAGAGGACCCAAAUCAAGUGGAGGGCGGGCAGGAGGAAAACUUGCAGCAGGAGGAUGUGUAUACCGCUACCGAUGCAGACAAUGGCCAGACUCAGUCAUCACCACAGCCACAGAAUGUUAGUCGGGAUGAACGUGACAAGUACAAAUGUCUUUACUACCUGGUGGAAACGGCUAUGGCUGUGCGUCAGAACGAUGUCCAGGAGGAUGAGUUUGUUUAUAUGGGCAACUAGUUCCACACACCACUAGACCAUGAUGAUCCCAUGUAUAGCCAGACCUCAAUGUAUAUAUACUUAAGUAUUUCGAAGUUACUGCAGAUUCUGCAUGUCCUUAGAUCAAAAAAUUGUGCUAAGGCCUACAGUUAUGCUGCUGGGCCGUCGAAAAAUCUGUUAAUUCAGUAGGUUACUAAAAAAAAAUGUACAAACCAAUUAGAUCAAUUUCAAGACCCAAUCGCCCAGUCAGGUACGCAUAUCUACCAUGUCAAUUUACAAAGAAAUCGAUAUGAUUAUGUCACACUAAUUUAAUUAUGCAAACUUCUGGUACCCAAGAAAACCAAAUACAUGUGCAUUUUAGGCACCAGCGCUUAACUGGUGUCAUAUAGGCAAA